ACAAGUUGACAGCCAUCAGGCAGGCUCACAGCUGCAGUUUUUAUUUCUAAAUUUCUGUCACCCUGUGUCACCCGUAGUUACCACAUCAAGGUCGUACGUGGGCUGUUUAUCUCAAUAUUCAGACACUAUUUAUAUUCAUAAAAUAUUGCUGACUGUGAACAUAAUAUUUAUCUAGUAUCUAAAGUAUUUGCAUCAACUCCAGUGGCAUUUGCGUAGCAGCUAUGAAAGUACUAUCAAGUUUGAAUGAUGUACCCGAACUCCGGAAGGGGAAUGUUCACAUACGAAAUGAAGAGGAAUUGUUACAAAAAUUAAAUAAAAUGAUUAAGGAUGGUUCUAGCAAGCUGCAGAUAGUAACAGACUUUGACCACACGCUGACCAGACACACAAUGGACAAUGGAACCAGUGUACUCACCAGCUUUGGUAUGUUCCGUGAAUGUCCCUCAAUACCUCAGCAUUACAAAGAUGAAGACAAUCGGCUGUCAGGCAUUUACAAGCCUAUUGAGUGCGACCCAGUCAUGAGCAUUGAGGAUAAAACCAAGCAUAUGAUUGACUGGUAUGUGGCAGCACAUGCAUUGCUCAAAGGAGUAAAAUUCCCAAGAAAUGAAUUGAUGGAUUCAGCAUACAAAAUGGUGCAGUGUUUCAGGAAAGGCGUAAGCGACAUGAUAGACUGGAGCAAGGCUCAGCAGGUCCCGGUAUUGGUGUUCUCUGCAGGGCUCGGUGAGGCCGUGCUCGCUGCCAUGAAGGCUGCCAACUUCUUACUGCCUCAUGUCAAGGUAGUAUCAAACUUCCUAGCGAUGGACGAAAACGACUACAUAGUGGGCAUCAAAGGCGAAGUUAUUCACACGUACAACAAGAACGAGACCGCCAUCAAACACACGGAGUACUACGACAUGGUGCGCAUGCGCUCCAACGUCAUCCUCAUGGGGGAUAACAUCGGCGACGCGGGGAUGGCCGAGGGGAUGGAACACUGCGACGUCGUCGUCAAGGUCGGCUUCCUAGGAAACAACGCUGAAGGUAACCUACAGAAUUACCUCAACAAGUUCGAUAUCGUUCUCGUCAACGAACCAACCAUGGAUGUAGUGAACGCCGUACUACAAUUUAUACUGUGAUUUUAAUUGUGAUCGUAGUCAAUGAAAUUUUGUAAUUUAUUGUUAGUGAUGAUUUGAUGACGAUGUUCUUGUCAGAUUUUUUUUU